AUGAGUUCUGACAGAGAGGAGGAUGACAUGGUCUGUCAGAGAGCUGUGACCCUAAUUGUUGACCUCUGCCUGCACAACAGCACAUCGUUGGAUCAGGACACCUGUCAGGAUUUCCUUUUCCUAUUGUCUGGCCACAGCUCUGACCACAAAGAACCGGACGCUACUUUUGGCCUCCUGCUCGGUGUGUUUGUGGUCUGUGGCUUGGCAUUCCUGGGACUACUUACAUUUGUCUCCUGGAAGCUGUGCUGGGUGCCUUGGCGGACUAAGGCCCCCUUUCUCAGUCCAUCCCUCAGCCCGGCCCGUGGCCCACAGCACUGCCCGCUUCAGCCGCCACUCCCGUUACCCAGCCCCCAGCAGACGCCAGUCACCAUGGCAACAGAGAAGGUGAAGGACCCCAUGGGCUCGAUUGGUUUCCUGGAGGCUGCGGUGAAGAUAAGCCAUACCUCUCCUGACAUCCCCACUGAUGUGCAACUCUCCAUGAGGGAGCAUUUCCUGCGCCGCACACAACGCAUGCAAAGGCAAACAACUGAACCAGCUUCCUCCACUCGGCACAACUCAUUCAAAAGACACCUGCCCAGGCAGAUGCAGGUAGGCAGUCUAGACCUAGGAAAUGACUACAUGGUGGACAAGGAUGAAAAGCCCACUAGCAUCGGUCGUAUCCAGCCAGAGCUCUACCAACAGAAGGUCCCAGAAUCAGAGGACUCAUCCAACGACAGCAGCAAAAACUGUGGCAAGAUUAACUUCUCCCUCAAGUAUGACUAUGAAAAUGAGUCUCUCCUUGUCAACAUCCUCAAGGCAGUAGACCUGCCAGCCAAGGACUUAUGUGGCACAUCUGACCCUUAUGUGAAGGUCUACCUGCUGCCCGACCGCAAGAAGUUCCAGACUCGCGUCCACCGGAAGACACUCAACCCCACAUUCAGUGAGAGCUUCCAGUUUCCUGUGCCUUAUGAUGAGCUGGGCGCUAGAAAGCUCCAUAUGAGUGUUUUUGACUUUGAUCGAUUUUCACGGCAUGAUAUGAUUGGUGAGGUGGUGAUGGAAAACUUGUUUGAGACGUCAGACCUCUCCAGGGAGACAAACAUAUGGAUGGACAUCCAGUAUGCCACCAGUGAAAGUGUCGACCUUGGAGAGAUCAUGUUUUCACUAUGCUACCUGCCCACUGCAGGCAGACUCACACUUACUGUCAUCAAGUGCAGGAACCUAAAGGCCAUGGACAUCACUGGAUACUCAGAUCCCUACGUGAAAGUGUCGCUCAUCUGUGAUGGGAGACGUUUGAAAAAGAAGAAGACGAGCAUUAAAAAGAACACCCUGAAUCCCACCUACAACGAGGCCAUCAUCUUUGACAUCCCACCGGACAGUAUGGACCACGUCAGCCUGCACAUCUCCGUCAUGGACUAUGAUUUGGUAGGUCAUAAUGAGAUCAUUGGUGUGAUGAGGGUCGGAUGCAAUGCUGAGGGACUUGGCAGGGACCACUGGAACGAAAUGCUGGCCUAUCCGCGGAAGCCCAUUGCACACUGGCACCCCCUGCUGGAGGCCAAGAAAUCUGAGAAGGAGUGGAAGGCGAGGACAGCCAGCUUUGACAGCCAGGGCUCCUGCCCUUCACCCAGGCCCCCAGCCAGUCCCUGAGCAGAGCCACCUGUGACCCAGCAGCCCAGAAGGGGGUUUCCGUCCUCCUGCUAAACCACUUCCUGUCUGUCUGAUUGAGGAGAAAUACAACCCCAGCGUGUGUCCCUCUCCCGCUUUCUCCCUCUGUUUCUCCCUUCCUCGAGUCUAGUCCCAGAGCACUCCCAAGAACUGAUCUCGGACUACCGUCAGUCAGUUAGUUGUGUAAAACCAACUCUGUUUUCGGGUUAAAAUUUAGGGUCCUCAAUUUCAAAUGUGGGUGUUUUGAUGGCCCGAAGUCAUUUGGUGGACAUGCAGGCUGCAGAUACUGAGCCGUCUGAGCUGAGACGAGCUGAUUCCGGUGUCCUCACAGGAGACUUUUUAAACACUGAAGAUUCAACAUUGCACUGCAGAGACGUUUGAUGGAAAAAAAUUAAAAAGCUCAGUCGGAUAUCACUCCUUGAAAGCAGUGGAGGUUUCACAGAGGGAAGCUGAGGACAUGGCCUCAGCAGAAAAGGAGAAGACCUUAAGAGAUCUGAAGCUUUUUCAAAACUCUACAGCUGUAUAAGAAUAAAUGAUGCUGAGUGUAGCAUUUUGGAAAUAUUAGAUAUAAAACCACUCCACCAUUCGUUAUUGUUUGUGAUGCUCCAGCUGAGUUUGCUGUACUUCCAGUUUCAUCACUAACAGAAGCAACUAUCAGAUCUCCAUCUUACUGAAGAGAGGCUGGAUCAGACUGAAACUAAUAUAUUGUCAGCCUGACAAACUGCAGCUUUGGUGUGUUUUCAAAAGCAGACAUUUUACAUGACAAAGAAGAAAAAGCUGCAGGAUUAUUGGGCUUCACAGCAGAGCAAAUUGGCUGCAUUGCAUAUGUUUUUCGGGUCUUUGUCCAUUUUCAGCGUAAGAGGUAGGAGGUUAAAUUACCACAAAAAAGGCACAACCAGAUUUUAAAAGACAAAAUAUUAUUUUGACACACAAACGUUUUCACAGAGGGAGCUGCAAAGGUUUCCGUAAACAGUGAAAAUGCGAGCACACUUUACACGCCCUUACCUCUUUCUCUGUUUGAUGUUGCAAUCUCACCCUCUCUUCCAGGUAAAAACUCACAUCAACGCUAAUGUUUUCUUUCAGAGAAAAACACCUUUCAGAAACACUUUUGUCACAUAUUGUGUUUUUUUAUGUUGUUUUUUUUUCAUCUGAUUUUGGUGGCUGUGUAUAGCUUUAUGUACAGGCAUCUGCUGGUUACCAUAUGUAUGUUUUAUCUAAACAGAAAAAAAGAAGAGAAAUAUAAUGAUAAGGCUAGAUUAAAAAAAUGACUUUAAUUUAUGUAGCCUUGUUGGUGGUAAGGAUUGAAAAUAUUAAAUGAAAAAAAAACAUUAGAAACCUUCAACUUUCUUGAUGUUUAUGCUGUCUAAUUAUACUGCUGGAUUCAUUUACAGGGAUAAAUUAGGCUGGAUCUGUAAUAUGUGGCAUUUGGAGGAUAUUUGAUGUGAGAAAAUGUUUGAUCUGUAUCAGUAUUAUUAAUUUGAUUGGUCCCUGGUAAUUAUUGGCUCUCUUUACAGUAACUCAAGUUUUAGUUGGAUAAAAGAUGAUGGAUGCAGUCUGCGUAUCUAUGGAAUAUACACCUUUGAUAUGUUUGAUACAACUGCCUUUUACUCCAGACAUCAUACCGAGUUACAAUUUUGAACGGAUCGUUGCAUUGCUUUAUCGUACUGACUUAACACAUUAGCAGCUGCAAUGCUGCACAAGUGACGAUGAUGCAAUUUCAGUCAAGCUCCCUCAUAACCCUUACAUACAAUGGAUACUAAAUUUGUGUAAGUUUAAUUAAGCACUUAAUUGAACAAGUUAUGAACCCGUUUUUUUUUUAUAUCCAAUUAUGUUAAGCUCAUAGACUGUAUAUAAAAGAUGUCUGCAGCCAACGUGAUAUGACCCUUUGGUUAAUAAAGUCCUGUUGUGAAGCUUUAAGCUGCCCAUUUUUACCAUUACCAUGUUGGUGUUUUGGAGCCCUAUGUGUUGAGAGAGGGGUGCAUGAUGCUGAGAAACCGAGGAACACUCCACUCUCAUAGGGACUCAUCGGUGGUGUUGGGUGUACCAUGUUCCAAAGUAACACGUUAUAUAAUAUUAUUAUAUAUUAGUAUAGCAUUUUUCAAUAUCACAGUAAUGUAACAUAUUCUUGUACUAAAUUCAGUACUUACAUUACAGUUACAAUUUUGUCAUUACUUACAUUCCAAAGUGUCACGUUUUCUGUAGAAUUAAAAAAGCAAAAACAAAUCAAACAUGGCUUUUUAAAUGUAUAUUUACACAACAAUCAGCUGAUUUGGAAGGAUAAUCUCAGAAUGGUCUACAUCAUUUAAAGAGUGGAACUUUGGAUAUUCCUUUUAUUUUUAUUGCACGAAAGAACAAAAGCGCAAUGGCAAAGUGCAAACUACAUCUAGAAUAGAAACAGCCACAUUGUACUGCUCACACAGCAUUGGCUCUUUGCAGGCAUCUGCACAGAUAGCAUGCUAAUGCAAAAGCUAGCAAAGAAAGCACAUUGUAGGUUCUGUGUUUGUAGGUGACACUAAAAGGCAGAUCUGAUAUGUUUGUCCUCAGUGAGACAGGGAUUUGUGUCAGUUUGUGCAUUAUAGCUUUGGGUUUAUAUAGUUAGCUGAUUAUUAAAGGAAAACAAAAUUAAUUUAGCAAGUAGUGUAACCAGUUAAUUUCCCGAAUGAGUAAUUAUGUAAUGUACUACAUUACUAAUGAGGAAAGUAAUGAGAAAUGUGCAAAGUAUUACUUUGGAGUAAUGACCCAAAUACUGCUCAUCAAUCAUAGCCUAGGCCAACAUAAAGCACAUUCUGCUUUAUUGUUUUAAAUGCUAGUGGCAAAUUUGAGAUUUACUGAGACUCAAUGAGCAGAAAAGUUUUUCUUCCUGUAGACUUGCAACCUGAUGAGUCAGCCUCUACUAUUUAUUGGAAGAAAACUUGCUUAAGGCACUUUCCAUAUUGGCUUCACUUUUCAAACAAGGAGGCUACGUUCAUCUUUUAUUUACAGUCUAUUGUUUAAUCCCCAAACGUUAACUCUUAAAAUUCUUCAGCCCUGAUUUCUGUGACUUUAUUAGUUUUCUCACAAGUACUUAAACAAUGUCAGGAGAACCAAAUCAGGAAAUUAUCUAAGCUGUUCUUUCUCAUAUGGAUCACAGAUUAUGACAUAAUCUGUUCUGUCACUCCCAAAAAUGAUACCUUUUGGUUUAGACAAAGGGGCUGACUAGACAGAUCAUGCAGGAGACAUUACAACCAUUCAGAAGCCGUGAAACGUCUGGACUAUUAGCUGCAUUACUCUCAAAUUAGCACAAUCAAUUAUCAUACAGACUUUGUACUGAGGAGCUGACAGGUUAAAGAUCAUCUAAUCCAACAAAUAUUUGAGCUUUUACAGAUUCUCCAUCAUGUAAUAGUUAGAAAAAGUCAGCACCCAGAACUUUCAGUGCAUUUGUAAAAACACCUAAGAAGAAUAGUAUGCUGCAGCAGGCAGGUUUUUAUUUAUUUAUUUAUUUUUUAUUCAGGGCAGAUAGCAAAAUGAAGCACAAAUUGCAGUAUCACAUAAAAUGAAUACAAGCCAUUUCAUGGUUCCUAGCUGGUUGCCGGCAUGGCCUCGACUGCUCUCUUAUGAUCAAGUUUGACACUUAUUAAGAUGAAAAGCAGCUUUUUAACUGAAAAUAUUUCGUCAUGGACCUUUACGCCGAGGCCACUGAGAUUCCAACUCAUCCGAGAUUUUUUGUAGAUGGUAUCAAUCAGAAAAUCCCAGGUUUCCUUCUUGAAUUACCGCAUUCACAAGAUUUUCAGAAAACUUGACUCCAAGGUCAAGGUCCCCGAAAUUCAACUUUAUAUAAGAUGUUUUGUACGUGCACGUAUGAUAUCAAUUUGAAGCUCCUACGUCAUGUGAUUCUUGAGUUAUCGCAUAAACAGACUUAGAUGUCCACACCACCUGCCCCCCAGGUGUGUUGAUGACAAAACUCCAUCAGCCUUUUACGGCAGAGAGGAAAAAAGCUAUACAUAUAGAGGGUGUCCAAAUUAAUAGGCUGCAUCCUCCUGAGGCCGCAUUUGUAGGCCGAUUACGUCACAGCGACGCGACAAAGG